AUGUCGUCUUUCAACGCCCUACGCUUUCAUGGCCGUUCAGAUAUUCGUCUCGAACAGAUUCCCUCUCCCCCGUGUGGCCCAGACGAGAUUCGUAUCCGCCCCGGCUUCUGUGGAAUAUGUGGCACUGAUCUGAAAGAAUUCACCUCUGGCCCCAUCAUGUGUCCGCAACCUGGCUCAUCACACCAACAGACUGGUGCUCAACUGCCCGUCAUCCUCGGGCAUGAAUUCUCGGGCACAGUGGUGGAACUCGGCUCCAGCGUCUCCAACGUCAAGGUGGGCGAUCGCGUUGCUGUGAUGCCUAACCUGGGAGAUGCACAGUUCGGGCUAGCCAAGUGUGCGAUGUGCGAAAUUGGCAAGAUCAAUCUGUGCACCAAGACUGCCUACUACGGCCUCGAUGCUUUGAGUGGCGGUUUCUCCGAAGAAGCAGUCGUCAAGGCCGCCAAUGUAUUCACACUACCUGAUUCAGUGCCUCUGGAUGUCGGUGCACUGGUUGAGCCUUUAUCCGUGGCAUGGCACAUGAUCCGUGUCUCGGGAUUCCAGGCAGGGCAAGACGCCUUGGUCCAAGGUGCCGGUCCCAUCGGACUGGGUCUCCUGCUCGUCCUCAAGGUCGUCGGUGCCCGACACGUGGUGGUCAGCGAAGUGCUCGAGAAGCGCAGACUCCGCGCUCAAGAAUUCGGCUCAGAUGCCGUCGUCGAUCCCACGUCUUCAGGUUCUGGCGACAAGAACCCCGUGGUUGCAGCCUGUCGUGAGCUGACACCGGGAAAUCUGGGCGUGCACGUCGCGUUCGACGCCUCGGGCCUGCAAUCGACCCUGGACACGGCCAUCGCGGCGACCCGGCCCGGCGGGACGAUGUUCAACGUGGCGAUCCACAGCAAACCGCUCCAGAUCAACCCGAACGACCUCGUGAUCCUCGAGAAGAAAUACAUGGGCGGCAUCGGCUACACGGGCGACGAUUUCCGAUCCGUGAUCUCGGCGCUGGACAAGAACACGGACUUUGCGGGCAAGGCUGCGAAGAUGAUCUCGGGGAUCGUGCCGCUGGAGGACGCGGUCGACAAGGCGUUCAAAGCGCUCUUGGAGAAGAAGGAGGACCAUGUCAAGAUUCUGGUCCGGGGAAGUCAGAGCGAGAGCUAA